CAAAGUGUGAAGAGCAACGGCGUGAACGCGCUAUACGUUGUAGUGGGACCGAUGCAGAACUGCAGUGGCUGAAAAUACCGCGCGAGCGCUUCUGAGGAGUGCGCGCUGCCUGCCGACGAACGAGGGAAACUGUGGGCGAGCGAUCCGCACAGUGCGUCAGGACGCACGCGAGCACCGCAGAUGGCUCGUGCGCGCUAUCCCAGUUCCAACGGGCGACGUCAAAGCGGAGCGCUCUCGCAGAGACGGGGCCGAGGCGACGGGUCCACAGAGUGAAAAACGAGGCGUCCUGCAAACAGAUAGGCAUCAGACACCCCACGGUCUGAUGCGCCUCGCGUACGUUACACGCGUUUUGCGACGGUGGCAAUUUCGCUCACUUGCUCACCUUCCGAACCAGCGACGGACGGACGCGGCGCUUCGAACUUGCGUUCCGUUAGAAUUCCACCGCGGCUUCCUCGCUCGAGUCUGACGCUGUGAUCACGCUGUCCUCACUGUUUUCAAGCAGGAUGGUGUCGUCGCUUUUAUUUAUUUUGAUGCCCACACGGGCGCAUUUUCGUGAGAAUCUGCUCUGUCCGUGAGGAUUUUUCCCCCUCGCACUGUCCUCGUCUUAUUUUGCUUUUAGUGGCGUGGAUUCUCCCCUCUCUCUCGCGCGCGCGCUCCGUUUUCGCUUGUCUUCAAGAUAGCAGACUAUUAAUUUUUAAUUCUUAUGCAUCUGCACGAAGACGGGACCAAAGAGGAGCAAACGAGUGAUAACCAGAGGGUGAGAGAAGGGGAAGGAGGCGAGUGAGGAAGGAAGCGAGAAUGAAUGAGACACACUGAACAAUCAAGGGGAAGGAGAUUGGAGGAAUCAAGGUUUUUUUCCCCUCCCUGGGUUGCUGUUUUGGAGGGAGCCUUAUUCCCUGUUGACUACACAGCCUAUCCCCGCUCUCCGUUCACCCGCAGGGAGGCCUAAGCUGAGGACGUGCCUGUUGACCACCUCUACGCUUCAGCUUGGUCCCUUCCACCCCCCCCCCCUUCAGCCUCCGACAUGGCUUUUGCAGUCUGGAUCAUCUUCACCUGCUCUGUAGCUUUCAGCAACGUUGCUCCAUCCUCCCAAGCCCUGAGCCGAUCAAUGAUGCCCUUCGGCUUGAUGCGUCGGGAGCUGGCGUGCGAAGGCUACCCCAUCGAGCUCCGCUGCCCCGGCAGUGAUGUCAUCAUGAUCGAGACGGCCAACUACGGCCGCACCGACGACAAGAUCUGUGACGCCGACCCCUUCCAGAUGGAGAACGUGCAGUGCUACCUGCCCGACGCCUUCAAGAUAAUGUCGCAGAGGUGUAAUAACCGCACUCAGUGUGUGGUGGUAGCCGGGUCCGACGUGUUUCCAGAUCCCUGUCCAGGCACUUACAAGUAUCUGGAGAUCCAGUACGAGUGUGUCCCCUACAAAGUGGAUCAAAAAGUAUUCGUGUGUCCGGGGACGCUCCUGCGGGUGCAGGCGGCCAGCUCUCUGCAGGAGGCGGAGCACCAGGCCGGGGCGUGGUGCAAGGACCCGCUGCAGUCCGGGGACCGGCUCUACGUCAUGCCCUGGACCCCCUAUCGAACCGACACGUUGUACGAGUAUGCCUCCUGGGAGGACUUCAAACAGAACCGAGCUACCACCACCUACAAGUUGCCCAACAGAGUCGACGGCACGGGGUUCGUGGUGUAUGACGGCGCGGUGUUUUACAACAAAGAACGCACCCGGAACAUAGUGAAGUAUGACCUACGGACGCGCAUCAAGAGCGGGGAGGCCAUCAUCACCAACGCCAACUACCACGACACCUCGCCCUACCGCUGGGGAGGGAAGUCGGACAUCGACCUGGCCGUGGAUGAGAAUGGCCUGUGGGUCAUCUACGCGACCGAGUCCAACAACGGGCGGCUGGUGGUCAGCCAGGUGAAUCCGUACACCCUGCGCUUCGAAGGCACGUGGGAGACCAGCUUCGAUAAGAGGAUGGCGUCCAACGCCUUCAUGGCGUGCGGCGUGCUCUACGCCGUGCGCUCGGUCUACCAGGACGACGACAGCGAGGCGGGCGGGGACCUGAUCAUGUACGCCUAUAACACCAACCGGGCGCGCGAGGAGCCCGUCAACAUCCCCUUCCCCAACCCCUACCAGUACAUCUCCUCCGUGGACUACAACCCGCGGGACAACCAGCUCUAUGUGUGGAACAACUACAACGUGCUGCGGUACCCGCUGGAGUUCGGCCCGCCGGACCCCACCGUGGGCUUAGAGAGGCUCAAAAUAGCAUUUGUCACCCCAGCGUUUGUGGUUCUCGCCUCCUUUGACGUUCGCUGUCUCAAAUACCAACGAUCUCCCCUCCUCUGUCUUUUCUACUCCUCCCCCUCAGGGCCUCUGACCACCACGCAGGUCACCACCACACUUCCCGCCCGACCGUUCACCUCCAGCACCAGCCCCUCCACCACCCGCCCCCUGCCUCCCACCCUGCGCCCCAUAGGCUCCAUCAACAAGCAGCCUGACCUCCGGCCCAUCACCGCCACCGUUCCCGUCACCCGCCGCCCGCCGCACCCCGCCCAGGGCCCGGAGUCGCUCGUGUGCGAGUCCAAGAUGGAGCGUGGUGUCCUGUGGCCCAGCACACAGCGAGGGGAGACGGUGGACCGUCCAUGUCCCAAAGGCUCUCUAGGCAUUGCUUCGUUCCAGUGCACGGCCAAGGAGGUCAUGUGGAACCCGCGUGGCCCUGACCUGAGCAACUGCACGUCCCCGUGGGUCAACCAGGUGGCCCAGAAGAUCAAGAGUGGAGAGAACGCGGCCAACAUAGCCGGCGAGCUGGUGAACCACACGCGCGGUCGGAUCCAGGCCGGGGACGUCAGCUCCUCCGUGCGCCUCAUUGAGCAGCUGCUGGACAUCCUGGACGCCCAGCUUCAGGCCCUGAGGCCCGGGAACAAGGAGUCGGCGGCGCGAAACUACAACAAGCUACAAAAGCGAGAGCGGACCUGCCGGGCCUACAUCCAGGCGGUGGUGCAGACCGUGGACAACCUGCUGCGUCCAGAGGCGCUGGAGUCGUGGCAGGGGAUGAACAGCACGGAGCAGGCCCACACGGCCACCAUGCUGCUGGACGUGCUGGAGAAGGGCGCCUUCCUGCUGGCCAACAACAUGUACGGCAACCGCUUCUCGGACCGGGCCCCCAGCGUGGAUCUGGAGGUGCACGUCCUGAACACGGAGAUGGACCUGCUGGACCUGUCCUUCCCCCAGAACUACGCCAGCGACAGCGCCAUCCACCUCUCGGCCUCCACCAUCAAGCAGUACAGCCGCAACGGACAAGUCAAGGUGGUUUUCAUUCUCUACAAAAACCUGGGCGCCUUCCUCUCCACCGAGAACGCCACGGUGAAGAUGGACGCGGACGGGCCGGGCCCGGAUAAGCGGCGGCUGGCGGUCAACUCCCACGUGAUCGCCGCCUCCAUCAACAAGGAGUCGAGCAGAGUGUUUCUCACCGAGCCGGUGGUCUUCACACUCAAACACCUGCAGCUGAAGAACUUCUACACUCCCAACUGCUCCUUCUGGAACUACUCGGAGCGCUCCAUGACCGGCCACUGGUCGUCGCAGGGCUGCCGGCUGCUGGACGCCAACGGCACGCACACCACCUGCUCCUGCAGCCACCUCACCAACUUCGCCGUGCUCAUGGCGCACCAGAAGCCCGACUAUCAAGGGCAUAUGCACGAACUGAUCCUAUUUGUGAUCACCUGGGUGGGGAUCGUCAUCUCCCUGGUGUGUCUGGCCAUCUGCAUCUCCACCUUCUGCUUCCUGCGCGGCCUGCAGACCGACCGCAACACCAUCCACAAGAACCUCUGCAUCAACCUCUUCAUCGCCGAGCUGCUCUUCCUCAUCGGCAUCGACAAGACGCAGUACCACAUCGCCUGUCCCAUCUUUGCUGGCCUCCUGCAUUUCUUCUUCCUGGCCGCCUUCUCCUGGAUGUGUCUGGAGGGCGUGCAGCUCUAUCUCAUGCUGGUGGAGGUCUUCGAGAGCGAGUACUCCCGCAAAAAGUAUUACUACCUGUGCGGCUACUGCUUCCCCGCGCUGGUGGUGGGCAUCUCCGCGGCCAUAGACUACCGGAGCUAUGGGACCAAAAAAGCAUGCUGGCUGCGAGUGGAUAACUACUUCAUCUGGAGCUUCAUUGGACCCGUUUCAUUUGUUAUUAUGCUCAACCUCAUCUUCCUCAUGAUCACUUUGCACAAGAUGAUCCGCAACUCCUCAGCACUCAAGCCUGACUCCAGCCGCCUGGAUAACAUUAAGUCGUGGGCUCUGGGGGCCAUUGCUCUUCUGUUCCUCCUGGGGCUGACGUGGGCCUUCGGCCUCCUCUUCAUCAACGAGAACACGGAAAUCAUGGCCUACCUCUUCACCACCUUCAACGCCUUCCAGGGCAUGUUCAUCUUUAUCUUCCACUGCGCCCUGCAGAAAAAGGUCCAUAAAGAGUACAGUAAGUGUCUGCGUCACUCCUACUGCUGCAGCCGCACCUCCACCACCAGCUCCCACGGCUCCUUGAAGAACUCGGGCCUGCGUGCCAACAACCGCUACUACAGCGGCAGCCAAGCUCGCCACGCAGCGGCCCACAGACAGAGUCGGAUCCGCAGGAUGUGGAACGACACGGUCCGGAAGCAGACGGAAUCGUCUUUUAUGGCGGGAGAUAUCAACAGCACCCCGACGCUGAACCGCGCAACCAUGGGCAACCACCUUUUGGCAAACCCGGUGCUGCAGACUCGCACCGGCACCUCUCCGUACAACACUCUUCUUGCCGAGAGCUUCACCCCGCCUUCGCCGGGCGUCUUCAACUCCACCGGCACCUUCCGUGACCCGAAGAGCACGUUAUCCAAGGCCCGCGACCCCUGUGGGAUGGAGACCCUGCCCCUGAAUGGUAACUUCAACAACAGCUACUCGCUGCGCGGUGGCCCGGGGGGCGUAGGCGGGGGCAGCUGCGACUUCCUGGGCAGCGGCGGCGCCGGAGACAGCCCGCCGCCGCUCCUGAACCCGCGCGGCUCCGAGACCCUGGGAGGCGACGGCAUCCGGCGAAACCUCUCCGACGUCGCGGCCUUCGAGAAGAUGAUCAUCUCCGAGCUCGUGCACAACAACCUGAGGGGUGGCGUCGGAGGGGGAGGCGGAGGGGACGCGGGGGACCGGGUCUGCGGAAGCCUGGCCAGGGGGCGCCCUCACGGCGGGCUGGGGCGGGGGACGGCGGGGAUCGGGCCGGAGCCGUCCAUUCGCCUGGACGAGGAUGAGGACUUCCUGAGAGAGGGCCGGCAGCGCACCCCGCAGGACGUGGAGCUGCUUUACAAGGCGCUGGAGGAGCCUCUGCUGUUGCAGCGCGCCCAGUCGGUCCUGUACCAGAGCGACGCGGAGGAGUCCGAGAGCUACGCGGCCGACCUCACCGAGAGCCUGGGCCACAGCGGCCACAGCGGGCAGAGCGCCGGCGGGCCGGGGGGCAACAGAGCGCCCGAGUCCCCGGCCCGCGACUCCCUGUACACCAGCAUCAGCAACCUGCGGGACUCACCCUACCCCGACAGCAGCCCCGAGCCCCUGGAGGUGGUGCCCCGCUCAGCCCAGCCCCCCGAGGAGCUGUACUACAGCUCCGGGAGGCCCGCCCUCGGCUCGCGCGGGGCCCCCAUGCAGACCUUCUACCAGGCGCCGCCCCGGAGGCCGAGCGGGGAGGGGCACCCGGCUCAGGAGGCCGCCCACAGCGAGGGAGACGGACAGAUGCAGCUGGUCACCAGCCUGUGAUUCCGACCAACCCCCCCCCGGAGGAAGUCGGGGACUAAUGUGACGGCCAGGGCCGCCUCCUAGCCUGCCUCGUUCUCGUGUCUCCCCACUCUUUGCUUGUUUGGUUGCCUUUUCUCUCUUGACUUUUAUUUAACCGACAGAUGAGCGAACAUAAUGACCUCCCGGGAAAGACGCGACCGAUUCUGCAGAAGCAGGAAUUAUCAUCAGCCUCCCCUUGUCUUAUGGUGAUGAGUGACGGGUGUUGUUUCAUCUGUUCUCUCCCCAAAACCCAGUCCUACCUAGUUUGGUACUCUAAGGCCAAGUCCAGCACUCUGAAUGUACCGAUCCACCCCCUUUACCUUCAGAUACUUCAACACUUUAAAACUUUCUUUAAGUUUUUCAUGUAAUUUCUCUCAGACCUGCCUCCAGAGAUGGAAAUAUCAUUUUAUAUUUUGUCUCAUCCCUGUUUCUUACAGUACCACGCAUAGGUCCUUUUUGAGUUACCAUGUGAUAGGAGUAGUUAGCUGUGGAGACAGAGUGUAGUAUGCUAUUACAACCUAAAAAAUGUCUCGCAGAAAGCUCUUUAUCGUUGCCAAAAAUAUCUUUUAUUGAGCCAAAACAGAAAGUAGAACAUUCACAAGGCAAACACACUCACACGUACACACUCGCUCAUCCAGAAGUGCUCAUUACCAAGCAUCAAACGUGAAAACAGUGCUCUGUCUAAGAGCCGUGGCAGUGGGAGUUGAUUCAGUGUAGUUGCCUUCAUUUUCUCUUGCUAUGAAUCGACGACUCUGUACAGAAGUGGAGCAGAAGCGGCGACGGAGACGGGGGGAGGAGGCGCCGCACCAGGACCCGCGCUCAUGAGACUGGUGGAACCGCUCCACUGUUCCCUCCGGGCGUUCGCUUUAGGCGUCGGAGGCGUUGAGUGACUGCCUUGCUAUUGUUUUGAAGAGAGUAUUCAAUUUGUUGACUUCAUCCAGGGGCCGCCCCCCACCACCACCACCACCACCACCCUCUGUGACGUGCUGUUAGAGCCUAGCCAGUGGAAGUGGACUCGCCCCCUCCCCAGGAACCCCCUCUCUCAGACCCCCGUGUGCGGCUGUGACGCGCGAGACUGUCAACGUCACAAACGCAGCGGCCAUCGACCGAUCGGUUUAACUGUGUACAUAGGAACCACACGUGAAUCUACUUUAUUCCUACUAUGUAAAUAACGACACCAGACGAUCAAAAGCAACAAAGGUAACAAAUACUAUGAAAAAUGACUUCUUGUACUGCAACAGCCGAAAGAAAAAAAUAAAACGUUUUGGAGUUUGUGACCUGAAUGAUGCGCUCUAUCUACUGCAGCGUCCCAGCACUGUCACAUAGAGAAGUUCCUCAGUGCUCUAAUGGCUGGAGAAAGGCAGAGAGACAGAGACAGAGAAAGAGAGAGCGAGAGAGAGAGAGAGAGAGAGAGGAGGUUAUACUGUAUGUGUGGUGGAGUUUGUUUUAUUUCUACAAAGAAGGGAGCUUAUAAAUCCUGGCACACUUUUUGUGUAAUAUAACCCAUUAUAUGUUGUUCAUGUUCGACCUUUCCCAUUCCCGGGGUGGAAUCGCGGAAGGGAGCGGCGGGUUCGGAGGUGUGGGGCGAGCGAGGAGCGAUGGCGUCAAAUGUCACCCGGAGCCUCACGAGCACGACAGCGUCCACGGAGUCGCUGGCUGAACCCGGGUGUGUUUUUUUUUUGGAAGCUACGAGCAGACGUACUGUUGAGAACUAUUUCCUUGAGCAUGUGUGAUAACGGCUUAUGUUUCGCUGUCAGAGAAUAUUGCAUUUGCUCCUCUUCCUCGUUACGCCACAGCCUAAUGUGACAAUUCAAUCAUUCCCGCAGUGUGAAUGUGUCCGCUGUGUGAGUUUUUGCGCGUCGGGGAGGCUAUUUUAUUGACACAACCUGAAUGCACAUCAUCUGAGGAUGAAGACUCGGAGUAUGGGUAGACGUGACAUAUCCAUAAACCAUGGAAAUGACAAGCAGGGGUUUUUUUUGCUUUGUUUCAGUCAAAGCAUGUUUUCUCUAUCUUCCUCAUGAACCAGCACCAAACGAUAAGAGUGCGACGUGUGGAUGAGAUGCGGGCAGAAAAUGGAUGCCUCGGCUGUGGUGUGACAUUUAGCCGCGUGUAGCUGUCCCACUGUCUGGACCCAAAGGACAGCCCUUUAGUGGUGGCUCCUGAGGCCGAGCGAGAGAGAGAGAGAGAGAGAGCGAGAGUGGGGGUGAAAGACAGAUAAGGGAGAAGGAUUACAAGGAUUUACCACCAUUUAUUCUUGUAAUUCAAAUGACUUGUGUAAGUAACAUUGUGUGGGCCGCGGAGCACUCCUCAGAAGGAAGCCCUCGUAUCCUCACUUGAGCCGCAGAGGAGGAGCGUGUGCAGCGCUGAACGGGACGUGACCCCAGAAGCUGCCCGGGCUUACGGACGAAAACGCUGUGUGUGCGUGCGUGCGUGCGUGCGUGCGUGCGUGCGUGCGUGCGUGUGUGCGUGCGUGCGUGUGUGCUCUUCUACGGCUCAGCAUUGGGGGGCGGAGGCAGCGCUCAGCGGUCGGCUGAGGACGACUGAAUGUAUUUUAACAAGCAGGACUAAAGACGAAACGAUUCACUUCGGGGGACGCGGACGCGUUAAUGGGGAACACUGGACGCCCAUCGUCCUCUCCACCCUCAUCAUUCUCAUCCCCAUCUUCAUUAACGCCGUCCUCCUUCAUUGCUUUUGACAGAAUGUGCUGAUGCAGAGCUCUCGUGCUCAGCCGGGACCUGCCCCGGGGAGGGACGCUCUUGAGCCAGGCACUCCCCACGAGGAGAGGAAUGUGCGUCGCCCUGGGCAUCCGUUUUUAGUUUUUUCUCUUCUUCUCUCAUUCACUUUUUAAUAUCAAUCUCAAUAGACUCCAUUAGCGCAGCACUUCGUCCAGAGUGUUAAUUUGCUUUGUCAAAAGCUUUGUUUAUCCCAGAUUAAUAUCUCAAUAAACAGAGGAGAGCUGCGCUACAGCAAAUGGGGAUGAUUAUACAGUAGAAGGUCCGCGGCCCACGCUGUCAGACGGAGGCUCGCAUAACGGGAGUUCCUCCACCAUUCACAGCCCUCUGAGCCUCUGAUUACAAUAACAACACCAUGGGUGCUAAUUUACUGCCGUGAACUCGCGGUGACUUCCCUUCGCUGCUCUCUUCUUUUGUUCGUGUGCGGAAUCGCUCAGCGCCGCCGCCCCGUGCUGCCGCGCAUGAGCCCCUCGCUGCAUCUGCAGAUGGAGAUGUAGCGUAGCUCAGCCUGUCGUUAGACGGCGGAGGUCCCAGCAGGACGGCCGUGCGCUGACCCUUCUUCUCGGAGACAUUUUGGUUUUAUUACUGCUCCAGAUCCCGGCGUACAGUAGGAGGAGGGGGCUCCGGGUCCUGACGUCUGGACACCAUCAUAGUCAGUGACAGGAAGGUGUUGGUCGGUGAGGCGGUGCAGGGUCGGGUCUGAACAUUCAUGCAUUUACAUGGAACAUUCGAGUUUUAUUUACAAUCCAGACACUCUGGUUCUAUGGUUUCAACUGAUUAUUGUAACAUGUAUAUCGGUAUCACAACACAUAAGACAUAUCUGCCUGCGGAGGUGAGAAGACGAUGCGAUGGCUCGGUUUAAUGGAUGCUUCCUUGGAAAAUGUGAAAAUGAAUCCACUGCCGCAUCAGCUGAUCAGAGCAGGAUUUUUAGAGUGCGACAGGAUUUUCCAAUAGACAUUUUUUAAAGAAUAAACGUAAACAAUGAUAAAGUAGUACUAUUUUGUUACUGGUCCCUUGUCAAGUGUCCGUAUGGCUACUAUACAGUACUAUAGGGUGGUUUUGAGCCUACGUAGGGGGGUGGCAUGAACCGAACGGUGAGGAUUGUGCUGUUGCUUUCUCUUCGUUGAAUAUGUAUGGGCAGCUGCGCCGGUGUUUCAGGCCCCUGGGUGUCUUUGAUGCACAGGUUGGGCCCAACAACAGAGGGUGGGGCUCAGGAGGCUCAGUCUGCCUAGAGACCGUGGGUUCUCCACCUCCUCCUCCUCCUCCGGGUGCGACGCCUGCGGGAGUGGGGAGGAACCAAACCUAAACUGUGCCUGCAGGUGUUUAUUGAUGGCCGUGGCGAUUUCCAUCCCAUAAUCGUCGCCGGGCUCCUCAAGAAAAACCCAAUCCCAUUACGCUCCGAGUCGGUUCUAAGAAGCGGAAUAUCGGGUUAUAGCAGGUGUGAAUUGGAUUUCCUCGGCUAAGCGCUGCAUUAAUGAGCUUAGAACAGUAAAACCUGAUCAGUAUUGGAUGUCCCCAAACUGCUUAAAUUAAUGGGAAUAUAUUAUCGGGUGCUUGUGGUUUUAUAGAGCUGGCUGUAGGCGCUGGUAGAAAAAUGAAUACUGACAUUGUGCCAUGUGGGAUUCUACAUUAAGCACCAUUUACAGAGCUUUCUGUGACUUUUCUAUGAAAUAGAUCAUUUAUCAUGUACUACUGAGACAUUUGUAAACUGAGGUUAAUAUAACACCUUAAUUCUGUUGCUACGUUCUCUUUAUAUUAAGGAAUGAUGUUGGUUUGUUUUAUUUGACUUUCUUCUCAGUCCUUGCUUUGACAGCUGUCUGGACCAAAGGGGAUGAUUUUGUUUUUUCUUGUGUGUUUGCAUCAUCGCGGGUCAGAGCGACCUUGUAUCAGCACAUAUUAAUAAAAAAGAACUACUGAAAAUAUA